CUUUGAAUGCUCCCGCGCAUGCGCAGUCUGUUCUGCGUUUGAACCAGAAUGGCGGUGUUGCUAGAAACGACAUUAGGCGACAUUGUAGUGGAUUUGUACACCGAGGAACGUCCCAAAGCCAGCUUGAACUUCUUGAAGCUGUGUAAGAUCAAGUACUACAACUACUGCCUCAUUCACAAUGUCCAGAGAGAUUUCAUCAUCCAGACCGGUGACCCUACAGGCACUGGCAGAGGAGGAGAGUCUGUGUUCUGUAAGCUGUACGGGGAUCAGGCACACUUCUUCGAAUCAGAGAAGGCUCCCCGGAUCAAGCACAAGAAGAAGGGGACCGUCUCCAUGGUGAACAAUGGCAACGAGCAGCACGGAUCUCAGUUCCUCAUCACUACCGGAGAGAACCUGGACUACCUGGAUGGUGUUCACACCGUGUUCGGAGAGGUCACGGAGGGAAUGGACGUCUUGGCCAAAAUCAACGAGGCAUUUGUGGACAACGACUUUAUUCCUUACCAGGACAUCAGAAUAAAUCACACGGUCAUUCUGGACGACCCGUUCGACGACCCUCCGGACCUGCCAGUGCCGGAUCGAUCCCCCGAACCCACGAAGCAACAGCUGGACAGCGGUCGUAUCGGAGCUGAUGAAGCGAUAAACGAUGCUGAAGGAAAGGACACAGAAGAGCUGGAUGAACUGAUAAAAGAGAAGGAAGCAAAGACACAAGCCAUCUUGCUAGAGAUGGUGGGCGACCUGCCCGACGCAGACAUUAAGCCCCCAGAGAACGUGCUGUUUGUGUGUAAGCUGAACCCGGUCACUACCGACGAGGAUCUGGAGAUCAUCUUCUCUCGCUUCGGCUCAAUCCAGUGCUGCGAGAUCAUCAGGGACUGGAAGACGGGCGAGUCUCUGUGCUACGCUUUCAUCGAGUUUGAGAAGGUGGAGGACUGUGAGAAAGCGUACUUCAAGAUGGACAACGUGCUGAUUGACGACCGACGCAUCCAUGUGGACUUCAGCCAGUCUGUGUCCAAGAUCAAAUGGAAGGGUAAAGGUGGGAAGUACACUAAAGAUGAUUUCAAGGCCUAUGAGAAAGAUCUGGACAACAGAUCCAAACUGGCUCUAAAAGACAAAGUCAAACCCAAGCAAGAUUCUCGUUACGACCUUCUGCUGGACGAGGAAGAGGAGGACGUGGGGCGGAGGGAUGACCGGAAGCAGCGGGAGAAGAGGCGGCAGUCGGACGACGACGAAGAAGACGACAGGAGGGCAAAGAAAUCGAAGGAUGCCGAGCAGAGCUGGAGAGAGCGGAAAGAGAGCAAGCAGCGAUCACGGUCUCGCUCCAGAGACAGAGAGAAGGACAGAUACAGGGAGAGGGAUAGAGAGAGAGACAGAGACAGGGACAGUCACCAUAAUAGACACGGUAAGCACAAGCAGAAAAGCCACAAACAUGAUCGCAGCCGCAGUCCAAAGAGGUCCAAGGACAAGGAGCACAGCCGGCAGUAUCGCUGAUUUAUCAGGGGAAAGAAAAGGACACUUAUCACUAUGGGACGAUGCCAUACACCAUCGCAGGGCGACGCGGCUACAGAGCAAACAAAACAAUUCCAACAAAAUACAGAAUGCUAAAUCUUAUUAAAUGUUAAUGAGACUCUUAAUGAGUUCAAGACUCGCACAACGUGAGUCAAAAUGCCAGCUGGGCGCUGAAGUGUAACCAUGGAGGUGUUAUUUUUUACAUUUUUGUCAUAAUGUGGGUGAAAAGUUAUAAAUAAAUCAACAAACUCUGCUCUGACUCGAUUAAAUCAGAUCUGAAAUAAUUUAGGAUUUAAUUUCCUUAGGAAUGCCCUCAGCUUGGUUUUCUCAGAUGAAUAAAAUAAAACUCCAGUAGAGAUUUACACCACUCCAAACUUGUCUUCAUCUCGUCUGUUCACAAUCCGUCAUACUCCGGUCCUGAUGCUGAUUUCUCAGAUCUAUUCCUUCUUCUUCUUUGGGCUUUUCCCUUCAGGGGUCUCCACAGCGAAUCAUCUCUCUCCACCUAUCCCUAUCUUCUGCAUCCUCAACACUUACACCCACUAUCUUCAUAUCCUCAUUUAUUACAUCCAUAUACCUCCUCUUUGACCUUCCUCUUUUCCUCCUGCCUGGCAGCUCCAUGUCCAACAUUCUCCUACCAAUAUACUCACUCUCCCUCCUCUGAACCUGUCCAAACCAUCUUAACCUGUCCUCUCUAACGUUGUCCCCAAAAAUGUCCAACAUGAGCUGUCCCUCUGAUGUCCUCGUUCCUACUCCUGUCCAACCGUGUCACUCCCAAAGAGAACCUCAACAUCUUCAGCUCUGCUGCCUCCAGCUCUGACUCCUGUCUCUUCCUCAGUGACACUGCCUCUAAACCGUACGGCAUGGCCGGUCUCACCACUGUCCUGUACUCCUUCCCCUUGAUUCUCGCUGAUAUUUUUCUAUCACACAGAACUCCCGACACCUUUCUCCACCCAUUCCAACCUGCCUGCACUCGCUUCUUUACCUCUUUCCCACACUCUCCAUUACUCUGGACUGUUGACCCCAAGUACUUAAACUCCUGUACCUUCUUCACCUCUUCACCCUGUAAUCUUACUGUUCCACUUCCCUCCCUGUCAUUCACACACAUGUACUCAGUCUUACUACAACUGACUUUCAUUCCUCUUCUCUCCAGCGCAAACCUCCACCUCUCCAGGUUUUCCUGCACCUGCUCCCUGCUCUCACUACAGAUCACAAUGUCAUCUGCAAAUACCAUUGUCCAAGGAGACUCCUGUCUGACCUCCUCUGACAACUGGUCCAUCACCAUAGCAAACAGGAAUUGGCUCAGAGCCGAUCCCCGAUGCAGUCCCACCUCCACUCUGAACUCCUCUGUCUGCCCUACAGCACACCUCACUACUGUCCGCUCCUCUCAUACAUGUCCUGCACCACUCUGACAUACUUCUACUCCUGACUUCCUCAUACAGUACCACAGCUCUUCCCUUGGCACCCUGUCAUACGCUUUCUUCAAGUCUACAAACACACAGUGCAACUCUCUCUGACCAUCCCUAUACUUCUCCAUCAACAUUCUCAGAGCAAAAAUUGCAUCUGUUGUGCUCUUUCUGGGCAUGAAGCCAUACUGCUGCUCACAAAGUUCCACUACCUUCCUUAACCUAGCUUCCAUUACUCUUUCCCAUAGCUUCAUUGUAUGGCUCAUCAACUUUAUCCCCCUAUAGUUGCUGCAACUCUGCACGUCACCCUUAUUCUUAAAGAUCGGCACUAAUACACUUCUUCUCCAUUCCUCAGGCAUCUUCUCACUCUCUAAAACCCUGUUAAACAGAUUAGUUAAAAAUUCCACUGCCACCUCUCCUAGACACUUCCAGACCUCCACCGGGAUGUCAUCAGGACCAACUGCCUUUCCACUUUUCAUCCUCUUCAAAGCCUUCCUGACUUCAUCCUUUCUAAUCUUAUCUACUUUCUGUUCCACAGAGUUCACCCCUUCUACUCUUUCUUCCCUCUCAGUUUCCUCAUUCAUCAGCUCUUCAAAGUACUCCUUCCUUCUUCUCUGUACACUCUCCUCACUUGUGAGCACCUUUCCAUCUCUAUCCUUAAUAACUCUAACUUGCCGCACAUCCUUCCCAUCUUGAUUCCUCUGCCUAGCUAACCUGUACAAGUCCUUCUCUCCUUCUCUAGUGUCUAACCUAGUGUACAACUCAUCAUACUCCUUCUGCUUGGCCUUAGACACCUCCCUCUUCACUCUGUGCUGUAACUCCUUGUAUUCCUGUCUAUUCUCUUCAGUCCUGUCCAUGUCCCACUUCUUCUUGGCUAACCUCUUCCUCUGAAUACUAUCCUGAACUUCCUCAUUCCACCACCAAGUCUCCUUAUCUUCUUUCCUCCUUCCAGAUGACACACCCAGCACCUUUCUUCCUGUCUCCCUGAUCACUUCUGCUGUAGUUUCCCAGUCAUCUGGCAGCACUACCUGACCACCCAGAGCCUGCCUCAACUUCUGUCUAAAUUCCUCACAACAUUCCUCCUUUUUCAGCUUCCACCACUUGGUUUUCUUCUCUGUCUCUAUCUUUGACCUCUGCUUACAGACCAUCAAAUUCAUCCUACACACCACCAUCCUAUGCUGUCUGGCUACACUCUCUCCCACUACCACUUUACAGUCACUAAUCUCUUUCAGAUUGCCUCUUCUACAUAGGAUGUGGUCUACCUGUGUGCUCUUACCUCUUCUGAAAAUAAGUGUUAACCACAGCCAUGUCCAUCCUCUUAGCAAAGUGCACUACCAUCUGUCCUUCAAGGUUCCUUUCCUUAACUCCAAACUUGUCCAUCACCUCCUCAUCACCUGUGUUCCCCUCACCAACAUGUCCAUUAAAAUCUGCUCCUAUCACCACUCUCUCCCCCGUGGGAAUAGUCUCUACCACCUCAUCUAAUUCACUCCAAAAUCUCUCUUUCUCCUCUAACUCACAACCUACCUGUGGGGCAAAACCACUAACAACAUUCAACAUCACCCCUUCAAUCUCCAACUUCAGACUCAUCACCCUGUCUGACACUCUCAUCACCUCCAGAACAUUCUCACAAACUCCUCCUUCAGGACCACACCUACCCCAUUUCUCUUACUAUCCACACCAUAAUAAAAUCCUGCUCCUAUACUAUGAGCCUUGCUCCCCUUCCACCUGGUCUCCUGUACACACAGUAUAUCCACCUUCCUUCUGUCCAUCAUAUCAGCCAGCUCUCUACCUUUCCCUGUCAUGUACCAACAUUGAGUUCCUAUUCUCAGUCCUACACUCUUACCUUUCCUCUUCUCUCUCUGUCUGCACACUCUCCUCCCUCCUCUACUUCUUCGAGCAACAGUAGCCCAAUUUCCACCAGCGCCCUGUAGGUUAACGGCGCCGAUGGCGGUCGUUAACCCGGGCCUCGACCGAUCCAGUAUGAAAUUUAGAGUACUGACGAUUCACAUGGUUAAAUUUGGCAAUGUUUUAUGCCGGAUGCCCUUCCUGACGCAACCCUCUCUAUUUAUCCGGGCUUGGGACUGGCGCAGAAAUAUUGACUCCCAUAGCUAGAUUAUUUCUCAGAUCUAUUCCAAUGCACAUUUAUUCUCAGAUCCAAUAAACCGUGGCCUGAAGGUUUGGUUUAUUUAGAAUGAGUGUUAAAUAAUUAAUAUUUGGAUUACAUUCACCAUCUUUGAUUUUAUUCAAAAGCUUCAUUAAAAGUCAUCAGUUUAUCUUUAUAUACACAGAUCAAGCAUAACAUUAUGACUAGUCCCAGGUGAAGUGAAUCAGACUGAUGAUCUCAUCAUGGCACCUGUUAGUGGGUGGGAUAUAUUAGGCUGCAAGUGAACAUUUUGUCCUCAAAGUUGAUGUUAGAAGCAGGAAAAAUGGACAAGCCUAAGGAUUUGAGCGAGUUUGAUGAAGGGCCAAAUUGUGAUGGCGGAUAGACCACUGGAUCAGAGCAUCUCCAAAACUGCAGCUCUUGUGGGGUGUUCCCGGUCUGCAGUGGUCAGUAUCUAUCAAAAGUCCUGUAAGCGUCACAGAGGCCCCACCUCACAACCUAAUGGAACAUCUUGGUGCUAAAUCCCUCAGCACACCUUCAGGGAUCUAGUGGAGUCCAUGCCUUGACUGGUCAGGGCUGAUUUGGCAGGAAAAGGGGGGCCAUAAUGUUUUGCUUGAUUUAAUAGGUCUAGUAUAAAAUAAUCACAAUGAAGCAUCUUUGGCUACACCAAUUAUGAAAAAGCAUAAAGAUGCCUCAUUUCACAUCCACUCAAUAAACAAAAAAGACAAAAAUCACACAAGUGGCAGACAUUUAUUUAUUGGUAUUUAACGCAUCAAGCUCAGUACAGAUAUUUAGCACAUCUUGAUCAACCGAGGAAAUAGCAAGAGAAUCAGAAUAGCAAAGUUUCCCUUUCCCCCUCAACAUCCAGAGCACAGUCACGCAGCAGCCUUCCUCCUCCCAGUGUGGGACGAAGGCUGAUGUAACGACCUCAACCAAUUCAUCCACCACCACCACAGAACCUAAGGGACUGGGACUGAAAGUGGGAGUAACCGUGGGGAAAAAAGGGAAUUGGUCCACACCAUGUAUAGAAAAUAAAAGUACAAAAUAUGGGGGGGGGAAUAAAAAGGGGGGCAUGCCCCAAACUGCACUGGGUGAGGGUUUAUAAAAAUAUAUAUAUAUACACACACACACACACGUUUCAUCCAGAGUUUGUCUCUCUCUCUAAAAACACUUCCUGUUAAGAAAUGGUCCAUAUGGAAGAUAUUAGUGUAAAACAUUUCCCUUAUUCAGACUACGUUUGCCCUGCUUCUAGAUUCUUAAAAAAAAAGCAAGAUUUUAUUGAAAGAUGACUAAAAAAAACAGCAGUGAGGAAUUAAACCCCAAAGAGUUGGCCCUUUAAAAUAUAUUUAAGAUUUGGAACCCAAGAGCAGGCCUGAUUUCAGCACGCCGAAAUGCUCACUUCUUUUCCAAGAGUAAAAGCUGCAGCUCUUUCGUUUUGGGAAAACGCCUCAGUUCCCUGUUUGGCAGUAGUACGAGACUUUCGCUCUCUCUGGCUGGAGAGGCUUUUGUGAAGUUUGCUGAUGUAACAAACAGGGAAGUCACUCGCUCCGAAGAGAUGGCACUAGCCAGCGUCAGUGAGGUUUGUAGGCGUGAGCUGCCUGUAAUAUCUGAUCACACUUCUGGAGAAGUUUUUGGAUAUGAAUGAAAGCGAAAUAAUCUUGAGAGGCAGUUUAGCCUCUGCCUGAGCACACCAUGGGAAAUUUGAGAGAGAGAGAGUCAAAGGAGGAAGAAAAAAAUGUAAGUAGUGGACACUAAGAUUGUAGUGCUUAUAGACUGCACUAUUCACUAUAAUUCAGGGGGAAGAGGCUUUGGGGUCAUGAUUUACACCCAAAACAAAACUUAGUGGUGCAGAGGAGAUUAAUUAAAAAAAAAAAUUAAUAAAAAGGCAGUUGAUGCAACUGUUAGUGUGGAAUGAUCUGGGAGAACCCUGACAUGCUCAGAUCCAUGCAGGUCUAUUGUGUGCGCUUAUCAGGGUUGUGUAUCGUUUAGGGGGAAAAAAGAAAGUGAUUCGCUGAGGAACGGGCACUAUGCUGGUCAACCCUGAGGUCCUGAACAAUGAGGGGUCGAAACAAGAAACAAGAGAGCAGGCAUUCUCGGUAUUCAUGCACGUGUGGAACGGCUCCUGCUUUUGCACACGGCUACAUUCACUGACUUUAUUCCUCCCUGUGUUCAGAGGAGUAGAAUAUUAAAUAUAAUAAUAAUAAUAAUAAUAAUAAUAAUCCAUGAGUGACAAGGUGCCAAACUUCUUUCUAUAUUAGUGCUUAAACAAAACGCUUUGGUGCUCUCGGUGCUUAUUAUAAAGUGCAAUAUUUAUUGUGUAUAUAUUUUAUUCUCUCUUUGAAAGGACAGGCUUGAUUGCGCACUUCAUUCGUGGGGGGGGGGGGGGGGGCAUUGUGAAAGUUUUAUAGAUAUUAGAUUAUAUAUUUAUAAAGUUUUUUUUCCCCUUAGUGCUAUGUUUCAAAAUCAGGCUGGUUUUUAAAUGGGCAGGGUGUUAGGGUUGCUUUGUUUUUUUUUGAGGAUUGUGAUACCGCACUGUUAGGGAGACGGAUCUGAGCAUGCCAGGGCCCCUGCUUAGUGGGCGCGGAAACCCUGUCUGUGGAGGAUGAGGGGGGACACCUGCAGGAAGGGGAGGCUCCUCAACUCUACAUGCACUUCAAGAUCACAGCAAGAGUGAGCUAGAAUAUCUACACGGACACGACGAGAGCUUUCAUGCAACAUAUCUACGGAUCGGGUACGAGGACGUUUACGGGAAAAACUUGCGAUACAGCUACAGUAAUGAAACUCCAGGCAGCAGCAGCAGAGCUUCGCGGCUCUGCCCGCUUUCUUUUUGCGCUUCCUCAUCUUUUAGCUCUGCUGGCUCUGCUGCGGCUUCUUAGCGUAACUGGUAAAGACGAAGUUGUAGUCGUUGAAGUGGGCCAGCUGGCGAUCCAGGCGCCUGUAGCCGUCGAGUUUCUGCGCAGACGAGAACACGCUGCGACACUUUGAGCUCUGUUG